CCCGCUCCUCACCAACAGUGCCAUGUCAUCCGAGCUGGGCGCCAAUCCCCCGCCAGCGGUGGCGCACGCCAUUGAGCAGGCGCGAGUGACACAGAUGCGCCUCCAAGCUGCUUUGGACAGGACUACGCCCUUCGUCGGGAGAAGAUGGGCCACGACAGGCGGGCUGCUCACCCUCUUCGUCUUGAGGAUCGUCAUUGCUCAGGGGUGGUAUAUUGUAUGCUACGCCCUCUUCAUCUACCUUCUCAACCUAUUCCUUGCGUUCCUCCAGCCAAAGUUCGACCCGCAACUCUACGACGAUCUCGCGUCGCAGGAUAUUGAGGAAGGAGAGCCCGGUCUGCCGACCUCAGCGUCCGCGGCGGCGAAGUCACCAGGGGGAGCCGGAGCUGGAGGGCAAGGUGGAGCCGGCGGUGGACUGAUGAGCGGCGUAUUUGGCAACCCUGGGACGAACGGGAGCGUGAACACGGAGGAGGAGUUCAGGCCGUUCAUUCGCAGGUUGCCGGAAUUCAAGUUCUGGCUCUCAGCGACGCAGGCCAUUCUCAUCUCCCUGGCAUGUACGCUCACAGAGCUCUGUGACGUACCCGUCUACUGGCCAAUCUUGGUCAUGUACUUCUUCAUCCUUCUGGGAAUCACAAUGAAGAGGCAGAUCAAGCACAUGAUCAAGUACCGCUACGUACCCUUUGACCUGGGAAAGAAGACGUACAAGUAAAGGGGUAGCAGCAAAUAGCAGCAGACGACAGCAUCGUGUCGUCAUAUCGUGUAGCGGUCGUUACUUGUCUAGUGAUUACAAGAUCAUUGUCACUCUGGGUCCUUUGGCAAAUCUCAGUCUCGCACCAACAAUCCCUUCCAUCACACCUGUCAAUCACCCGCCCUCGCUCCUUUUCCUACUUUCCCUCUUUCACCGCCUCGCCUUGAGAGAUGACGUAGAUGCAAUGCUAGUACCACUCGCUACCCAGUCCUGCUCCAGCACCUCUCCUCAUAUUCCACUAGGCCAACUCUCGUCCCUGACUCCUGCCCUGUCCAUCUCCUCCAUCACGAUGCGCUCGUUGCGUAGCUGCGUCUCGUACGCCUGCAGCAAACUUUCAUGUCGCUCGGCGUCUUGACUGCUGCCGGUCGAGGCUGCGGUCCCA